AUGUCUCAGAUUCGAGUCAUAAAUUUCAGUGAAGAUUCACCAUAUGAAACCCUUCAUGCAUUUGUCAGUAAAAGUUUGGCUCCUUAUUUUAAAUCUUACAUUAAAGAAUCUGGAAGAGCUGAAAGAGAGGGAGAUAAAAUGGUACCAUCUGUGGAAAAGAAAAUGACAGAACUUGAAAUGGGUCUUCUUCAUUUACAACAAAACAUCGAUAUACCAGAAAUAUCAUUACAAGUUCAUCCAUCUGUAGCGAAUGUUGUUAAAAAAUGUAGCGAAGAAGGAAGAAAACCAAAAGUCGUAGAUUUCGGUGAUUUAGUCGAGGAUUCAACCUUUUUAAAUCAGUUACAAAAUGGUGUUAAUCGUUGGAUCAAAGAAAUUCAAAAAGUAACAAAAUUAGAUCGUGAUCCAUCUUCAGGCACUGCACUUCAAGAAAUAAGCUUUUGGUUGAAUUUAGAACGAGCUUUAUACAGAAUCCAAGAAAAACGUGAAAGCCCAGAAGUGACAUUAACUUUGGAUAUAUUAAAACACGGGAAAAGAUUUCACGCUACUGUUAGUUUUGAUACCGAUACCGGUUUAAAGCAAGCUUUGGCAACUGUAAAUGAUUACAAUCCGUUAAUGAAAGACUUUCCAAUCAACGAUUUACUCUCAGCAACUGAACUGGAACGUAUUCGAGUGGCAGUCGAAAUGAUAUUUAAUCAUUUGAGGAAAAUUCGUUCCACAAAAUAUCCGAUUCAAAGAGCUUUGCGUCUUGUUGAGGCCAUUUCACGAGAUCUUAGUUCUCAACUUCUUAAAGUUUUGGGCACGAGGCUUCUUAUGCACAAGCCAUUUGAUGAGUUUGAAAAAGUUCUCACUCAAUGUUUUGAUAUAUUUACUACAUGGGAGGACGAAUACGAUAAGUUGCAAGGAUUGUUGAGAGAUAUAAUGAAAAAAAAACGAGAUGAAAACAUAAAACUAGUAUGGAGAAUUCUUCCUUCUCACAAACGACUUCAAAAUCGAAUGGAACAAAUGAGAAGAUUUAGGAGGCAACACGAACAGUUGCGUUCUGUUAUUGUAAGAGUUUUACCUCCUGUGUCUGCUGCUGGCAAGAGAAAUGUCGAAGAUGGAAUGUCUUCUGAAGAGGUCGAAGAAGGAUUAAAAAUUUUGGAAACAGCUGACGCGAAUGCUAUAGAAGAGGUUAAUCUCGCUUACGAUAACGUUAAAGAGGUUGAUUGCUUAGAUAUAUCUAAAGAAGGUAACGCUUUAUGGGAUGCGGCAGUUCAAAGAUACGAAGAUAGAAUAGAUAGGGUCGAAGCAAGAAUAACGGCUCAUUUAAGAGAUCAACUCGGUACUGCGAAAAAUGCAAAUGAAAUGUUUAGAAUUUUUUCACGAUUCAAUGCUUUAUUUGUGAGACCUCACAUUCGAGGUGCUAUUCGAGAAUACCAAACUCAAUUAAUUCAAAGGGUCAAAGAUGACAUCGAAGCUUUACACGAAAAGUUCAAGGUUCAAUAUCCUCAAAGCAAAGCGUGUCGAAUGAGUAGAGUUAGGGAUAUUCCUCCGGUUGCCGGUUCUAUUAUUUGGGCGCAGCAAAUUGAUAGGCAGUUGACGGCAUAUUUAAGAAGAGUUGAAGAUGUUUUAGGUAAAGGUUGGGAAAAUCACAUCGAGGGACAGAAACUUAAAGCUGAUGGAGAUAGUUUUCGACUAAAAUUGAAUACAACAGAAAUUUUCGAAGAUUGGGCUAGACGAGUCCAGCAAAGAAACAUGGGAGUUUCGGGAAGAAUUUUUACCAUCGAAACAGCCCGUUCCAGAACCGGACGCGGAAAUAUAUUAAAACUCAAAGUAAACUUUCUGCCUGAAAUAAUAACAUUGUCCAAAGAAGUCCGAAACUUGAGACACUUGGGUUUCAGAGUUCCUCUUGCCAUCGUUAAUAAAGCGCAUCAAGCGAAUACUUUAUAUCCUUUUGCUAUUUCUUUAAUUGAAAGCAUUAGGACGUACGAGCGGACGCUUGAAAAAAUUGAACAUAAAUCUAUAAUAGCUCCACUUGUUGCUGGAAUGCGACAAGACGUACAAAAUUUGAUAGCCGAAGGAAUAGAUUUAGUUUGGGAAAGCUACAAGCUUGAUCCCUACGUUGAAAGAUUGGCGGAAACGGUUUUCAGUUUUCAAGAAAAAGUCGAGGACUUGCUAGUUGUUGAAGAACAAUUGGAUUUGGAUGUCAGAUCUUUGGAAACGUGUGCUUAUAGCGCUCAGACUUUCUCCGAGAUACUUAGUAAAAUACAACAUUCUGUCGAUGAACUUAGCUUAAGACAAUAUUCCAACCUUCAUAUAUGGGUUCAAAAGUUAUAUGAAAAUGUUGAAAAGCACAUGGCUGCCAGGCUUCAAGCUGGAAUUGAAGCUUGGACCGAUACUCUUAAGGGAAAGAAAAAAGAUAUAGAUCUCACAAUGGACACUGAUUUACCCACUGAGAAUCCUAAAAAAAUAGGAGGCGAACCUCAAAUACCACAAAUGGUGUUGGAGGUCAGAAUUAAAAAUCAAGCCAUGUAUUUGUUUCCCAGCAUUGAGGAAGCGAGAUUUCAAUUAAUGCAACAAAUGUUCGCUUGGCAAGCAAUAGUCACUUCGCAGCAACGACUUCAAAGUUCUCGAUAUCAUGUCGGUUUAGAAAAGCCUACUUUGGAAUCGUACAAACAUUUGUUGACAAAGUUGCCGGGUGGACCUGAAGUUUUAGCAAAGGCUUAUGAAGCUAUAGAAUAUAAAAUUAAAGAGGUUCAAAACUAUUCGGCUGAAUGGUUUUGUUAUCAAGCGCUUUGGGACCUUCAAGCUGAUAACGUUUACGGUAAACUCGGGCAAGAUAUUAAUUUGUGGAUGAAAUGUCUUAAUGAUAUUAAAAAAACGAGAACAACGUUCGACACGAGUGAAACGAGAAGAGAAUUCGGACCCGUUGUUUUCGAUUAUGCCAAAGUUCAAAGUAAAGUUUCACUUAAAUAUGAUUCGUGGCACAAGGACACCUUGGCAAAAUUUGGAGCUUUACUGGGCAACGAAAUGAAUUCAUUUCAUGCUCAGGUCAACAAGUCGCGAACCGAAUUGGAACAACAGUCGAUCGAAGCAGCCAGUACUUCGGAUGCCGUCACUUUUAUCACCUACGUCCAAUCUUUAAAAAAGCAAAUGAAGGCAUGGGAAAAGCAAGUCGAACUCUAUAGAGAAAGUCAAAGAAUUUUAGAGAGGCAAAGAUUUCAAUUUCCUCAACAGUGGCUUCACGUGGAUAAUAUAGAGGGAGAAUGGAGCGCAUUUAAUGAAAUAAUCAAACGAAAAGACUCAUCGAUACAAACUCAAGUUGCAAGUUUACAGGUGAAAAUUGUGGCCGAAAAUAAAUUGGUCGAAGCGAGAACUUCUGAUUUAUUCAACGAAUGGGAAAAAACGAAACCCGUGGAAGGUUCCAUAAGGCCAUCCGAUGCAUUGCGUCAGUUGCAAACCUUCGAAGCCAAAUUUUCUAAAUUGAAAGAAGAGAGGGAUAAUGUUUCCAAAGCAAAAGAAGCAUUAGAGUUACAGGAACCCGGUGGUAUAAGUUCAAGUGAAGAUAAAAUGCAGGUCGUAUUUGAAGAAAUGCAAGAUUUGAGAGGAGUGUGGUCCGAAUUAUCCAGUAUUUGGUCACAAAUUGAUGAAAUAAGGGAAAAGCCAUGGCUUUCCGUUCAACCCCGUAAAUUAAGACAGCAAUUGGAUGCAUUGUUGACUCAGCUCAAAGAUCUUCCUGCUAGACUGAGGCAAUAUGCUUCUUACGAAUUCGUGAGAAAAAUGCUUCAAAAUUACGUCAAAGUCAACAUGUUGAUCGUGGAAUUGAAAUCAGAUGCUCUUAAGGAACGUCAUUGGAAAGUAUUGAUGAAGCAUUUGAAAGUCAAUUGGAUUUUGUCGGAAUUGACUUUGGGUCAAGUUUGGGACGUCAACCUUUUGAAAAAUGAUUCUAUUGUUAAAGAUAUUAUAUUGGUGGCGCAGGGUGAAAUGGCUCUUGAAGAAUUUUUAAAACAAGUUCGGGAAUCUUGGCAGCACUAUCAAUUGGAUAUGAUAAAUUAUCAAAACAAAUGUAAAAUAAUUCGAGGAUGGGAUGAUUUGUUCAAUAAAGUCAAGGAACACAUAAAUUCGGUGGCAGCCAUGAAACUGUCUCCGUAUUAUAAAGUUUUCGAAGAGGAAGCAUUAACGUGGGAGGAAAAAUUGAAUAGGAUAAAUGCUUUAUUCGACGUUUGGAUUGACGUGCAAAGACGAUGGGUUUAUUUAGAAGGGAUAUUUUCGGGGAGCGCGGAUAUAAAAACUUUAUUACCCGUCGAAACGUCAAGAUUUCAAAGCAUCAGUUCGGAAUUUUUAGGUUUGAUGAAAAAAGUAUCGAAAUCUCCAAUGGUUAUAGACGUUCUUAACAUUCCAGGCGUUCAAAGAUCUCUCGAAAGAUUAGCCGACUUAUUAGGAAAAAUUCAAAAAGCUCUUGGAGAAUAUUUGGAAAGAGAAAGGACUUCAUUUCCGCGAUUUUAUUUUGUCGGAGACGAAGAUCUUCUUGAAAUUAUCGGAAAUAGUAAAAAUAUAGGAAGAUUACAAAAGCAUUUUAAAAAAAUGUUUGCGGGUGUGGCCGCUUUAACGCUUAGUAAAGAGGAUACCGUAAUCACGGGAUUGUCUUCGAGAGAGGGAGAAGAAGUGAUUUUUACAGAAGAAAUAUCCACCGUAGAAAAUCCUAAAAUUAACGAAUGGCUUACACUUGUUGAAAAACAAAUGAGAAUAACUUUGGCAUCCUGCCUUGCGAAUGCAGUUAAAGACAUAAAACAAUUUAAAGAAGGUCCGAUAAAUGCCGAAGAAUACAUGAAGUGGUGCGAUAGGUAUCAGGCUCAAAUCGUCGUAUUAGCCGCUCAAAUUUUAUGGUCCGAAGAUGUCGAAGAAGCUCUCGUUCACAUUCACAAUUCAACGGAUCGUAAUAUGAAGCCUUUGGAACACGUAUUGAAUCAGGUCGAGGCGACUCUCAACAUUCUUGCAGAUUCCGUACUGCAAGAACAACCGCCUUUACGUCGGAAAAAAUUAGAACAUUUAAUUAAUGAAUUCGUUCAUAAGAGAACGGUUACGCGAAGGCUUAUCAGCAACGGAGUGACUAGUCCGAAAGCGUUCGAAUGGCUCUGCGAAAUGAGAUUUUAUUUCGAUCCUCGUCAAACGGAAGCCCUCCGACAGUUGACCAUUCACAUGGCCAACGCGAAAUUUUACUACGGUUUCGAAUAUCUCGGAGUUCAAGAUAGACUCGUUCAAACUCCCCUUACCGAUCGAUGUUACUUGACAAUGACGCAAGCUUUGGAAACGCGUUUGGGAGGAUCACCCUUUGGUCCGGCCGGAACGGGAAAAACGGAAUCCGUUAAAGCUUUGGGUCAUCAAUUGGGACGUUUCGUAUUGGUUUUCAAUUGCGACGAAACGUUUGAUUUUCAAGCUAUGGGAAGGAUUUUUGUCGGUUUGUGUCAAGUCGGUGCUUGGGGAUGUUUCGACGAAUUCAAUCGUUUGGAAGAAAGAAUGUUAUCGGCCGUUUCUCAACAGAUUCAAGCCAUUCAAGAAGCUCUUAAAUCGCAAAAGGAAGGAAGCAUUUCCGUCGAGAUCGUUGGAAAACAAGUUAAAGUUUCUACGGAUAUGGCCAUAUUUAUUACAAUGAAUCCGGGUUAUGCGGGAAGAUCGAAUCUACCGGAUAACUUGAAAAAAUUAUUCAGAUCUCUCGCCAUGACGAAACCAGAUCGUCAACUCAUCGCCGAAGUCAUGCUUUUCUCUCAAGGUUUUCGUUCGGCGGAAAAACUCGCUUGCAAAAUCGUACCGUUUUUCAAACUGUGCGACGAACAAUUGUCGAAUCAAUCUCAUUACGAUUUCGGUCUUCGUGCUUUGAAAUCCGUUUUGGUGUCUGCGGGCAACGUGAAAAGAGAUCGGAUUCAGCGGAUAAAAGAAAAUUUGAAAAAUAAAGGUGAUUCGAACACGGAUGAAGCGUCCAUUGCCGAAAAUCUACCCGAACAAGCAAUUUUAAUUCAAUCCGUGUGCGAAACGAUGGUACCGAAAUUAGUGGCAGAAGAUAUUCCUUUAUUGUUUUCCCUUCUCUCCGACGUGUUUCCAAAUGUCAGUUACACUCGAGCGGAAAUGACGAAAUUAAAAGAAGAAAUAAAGAAAGUUUGUCAAGAAGAAUAUUUGACGUGUGGAGAAGGAGAAGAAACAGGAGGUGCUUGGAUGGAAAAAGUUUUGCAAUUGUAUCAGAUUUGCAAUUUGAAUCACGGAUUAAUGAUGGUUGGACCAAGUGGUUCAGGUAAAACUGCCGCGUGGAAAGUGUUGUUAAAAGCAUUAGAACGUCUUGAAGGCGUAGAAGGAGUUGCACACGUCAUCGAUCCGAAAGCCAUUUCAAAAGAGGCAUUAUAUGGAGUUUUGGAUGCUAACACUCGAGAAUGGACGGAUGGAUUAUUUACUCACAUUCUCCGUAAAAUAAUUGAUAACGUCAGAGGUGAAAUAAACAAAAGGCAAUGGAUAAUAUUCGACGGGGAUGUCGAUCCCGAAUGGGUUGAAAAUUUAAAUUCUGUUUUGGAUGACAACAAACUCCUCACUCUUCCGAACGGGGAAAGGUUAUCGCUGCCACCCAACGUUCGUAUAAUGUUCGAGGUACAGGAUUUGAAAUACGCUACCCUAGCUACGGUUUCGAGAUGUGGAAUGGUUUGGUUUUCGGAAGAUAUCCUAUUGACCGAAAUGAUAUUUGAAAAUUAUCUUUCAAAACUUAAAAAUAUUCCCUUAGAGGGAGAAGAUGAAAGGGAAACAAGUAUUGGAAGUAAAACAAAUGAGAAGAAAAUGGACGAUGUUCUGAGUCCUACAAUGCAAGUUCAAAGAGAUGUUGCUCUCAUUUUAACUCCUUAUUUCGGUCCUGAUGCCCUUGUCGUGCGAUGCUUAGAAUUUGCUAUAAAACAAGAGCACAUAAUGGAUUUCACUCGAUUGCGAGCGCUUAAUUCCCUUUUUUCGAUGCUCAAUCAAGGAGUGAGAAAUGUUUUAGAACAUAAUGAAAGUCAUCCCGAUUUUCCUCUCUCCAACGAACAACUGGAAGCGUACAUCCCUAAAUGUUUGGUGUACUCUUUGUUGUGGAGUUUUUCGGGAGAUUCAAAACUAAAAGUACGUUCCAACCUUGGGGACUUUAUUCGAUCCAUCACUACUAUUCCUUUACCCGUUUCUACGAACUUGCCUAUUAUCGAUUACGAAGUCAACGUUCUCGGAGAUUGGGCGCCCUGGUCGAAUAAAGUACCACAAAUCGAAAUUGAAACUCACAAAGUUGCCGCUCCGGAUGUCGUGGUUCCCACUCUUGAUACUGUCCGUCACGAAUCAUUGCUUUAUACUUGGCUAGCCGAACAUAAACCGUUGGUCUUAUGUGGACCUCCUGGAUCUGGAAAAACAAUGACUUUGUUUUCGGCUCUCAGAGCUUUGCCAGACAUGGAAGUUGUCGGUUUAAAUUUUUCAUCGGCUACCACACCUGAAUUGUUACUAAAAACUUUUGACCAUUACUGCGAAUACCGCAAAACUCCCAAUGGUGUAAUACUCUCUCCCGUUCAAUUGGGAAAAUGGCUUAUUUUGUUUUGCGACGAAAUUAAUUUACCCGAUAUGGAUAGAUACGGAACUCAAAGAGUCAUUUCAUUUUUACGACAGCUUGUGGAACACCGGGGUUUCUACAGGUCAAGCGAUCAAGCUUGGGUAUCAUUGGAAAGAAUACAAUUUGUGGGUGCUUGCAAUCCUCCCACCGAUCCUGGAAGAAAACCUCUUUCGCACAGAUUCCUUCGUCACGUUCCAGUUAUUUACGUUGAUUAUCCCGGUGAAACAUCAUUGAAACAAAUCUACGGAACAUUCAGUCGUGCAAUGUUAAGACUCGUGCCCACUCUACGAGGAUUUGCUGAGCCUUUGACAAACGCGAUGGUUGAAUUUUAUUUAGUGAGCCAAGAAAAAUUUACCCAAGACAUGCAACCUCAUUACGUUUACUCCCCUCGUGAAAUGACAAGAUGGGUUCGUGGAAUUUGUGAAGCUAUUCGUCCUUUGGAUACUAUUUCGUCGGAAGGCUUAGUCAGGAUAUGGGCUCACGAAGCUUUAAGAUUAUUCCAAGAUCGUUUGGUCGAGGAUCACGAACGGAAAUGGACAAACGAAAAUAUUGAUGCGGUUGCCAUAAAACACUUUCCUGGAAUCAACAAGGAAACUGCGUUGGCAAGACCUAUCCUAUACAGUAAUUGGUUGACAAAAGAUUAUUUGCCCGUGAACAGAGAAGAAUUGAGAGAUUAUGUUAAGGCUAGACUCAAAGUUUUCUACGAAGAAGAACUCGAUGUUCAAUUGGUAUUAUUCGAUGAAGUUUUAGAUCACGUUUUAAGAAUAGACAGGAUAUUUAGGCAACCCCAAGGACAUUUGCUUUUAAUAGGUGCUUCUGGAGCUGGAAAGACAACGUUAUCCAGAUUCGUAGCCUGGAUGAAUGGUCUUUCCGUGUUUCAAAUCAAAGUCCACAAUAAAUAUACCGGUGAAGACUUUGACGAAGAUUUAAGAAGCGUGUUAAAGCGCUCCGGAUGCAAAGACGAAAAAAUUGCAUUCAUUCUAGACGAGUCAAAUGUUUUAGAGUCUGGUUUCCUCGAGCGAAUGAAUACGUUAUUGGCCAACGGAGAAGUUCCCGGUUUAUUCGAAGGAGAUGAAUACACGACUUUGAUAACUCAAUGCAAAGAAGGAGCUCAAAGAGAAGGUUUGAUGUUAGAUUCUAAUGAAGAAUUAUAUAAAUGGUUUACAGGGCAAGUAAUGAAAAAUUUACACGUUGUAUUUACAAUGAAUCCAAGUUCGGAAGGUUUGAAAGAUAGAGCCGCAACUUCACCUGCUUUAUUUAACCGUUGCGUUCUCAAUUGGUUCGGUGAUUGGUCGGAUGGAGCACUCUAUCAAGUCGGUAUGGAAUUCACCAACAGAAUAGAUUUAGAUCGUCCGACGUGGACGCCACCCGACACUCUUCCAAUCACAAAUCAUAGAUUACCAGCUCAUCCGACGCAUCGUGAAGCGGUCAUUAAUGCUUUCGUAUACGUUCACGAAACUUUGCAUAAAGCAAAUGCUAGGCUCACGAAGAGAGGAGGUCGAACGACCACAAUCACUCCUCGUCACUACCUUGAUUUUAUUAAUCAUUUCGUUAAAUUAUACAAUGAAAAAAGAUCUGAUUUAGAGGAACAGCAGUUGCACUUGAACGUUGGUUUAAAUAAAAUUGCGGAAACAGUAGAACAAGUCGAGGAAAUGCAAAAGUCUCUCGCUGUCAAAUCCCGAGAACUUAACGAAAAGAACGAAGCGGCGAAUGCAAAACUUCGUCAGAUAGUUAAAGAUCAACACGAGGCGGAAAAGAAAAAACUUCAAAGCGAAGAAAUACAGGAAGCAUUGGAAAAGCAAACGAUUCAAAUCGCUCAAAAACGGGAAGAUGUCAUGGUUGAUUUGGCGCAAGUCGAACCAGCCGUCAUAGAUGCUCAACAAGCUGUUAAAUCCAUCAAGAAACAAUACCUCGUUGAAAUUCGUUCGAUGGCGAAUCCUCCGGCUAUCGUCAAACUCGCUCUCGAAUCGAUUUGUUUACUCCUCGGUGAAAAUGCCACCGAUUGGAAGGCAAUACGUGCCGUCAUAAUGCGGGAAAAUUUCAUCAAUUCCAUCGUUCAGAAUUUCAGUACGGAAGGCAUAACCGACGAAAUGAGAGAGAAAAUGAAAAUUAAAUAUUUAAGCAAUCCAGAUUACAAUUUCGAAAAAGUCAACAGAGCCAGUUUGGCUUGCGGCCCUAUGGUCAAGUGGGCGAUUGCUCAAAUCAAUUAUGCAGACAUGUUGAAACGUGUGGAACCUUUACGGGACGAAUUAAAAUCGUUAGAAGUUCAAGCGGAUGAAAAUAAAAAUAAAUACGAAGAAGUUAAAAAUCUCAUUUCGCAAUUCGAACAAAGCAUCAGUUCUUAUAAGGAUGAAUACGCUUUGUUAAUAUCUCAAGCUCACGCGAUCAAAAUCGAUUUGGAAAAUAUACAGGCAAAGGUCGACAGAUCUCGAGCUCUCCUUCGUUCCCUGGCAAUCGAAAGUGAACGUUGGGAAUCCACGAGCGAAACAUUCAAAUCGCAAAUGUCGAGCAUAAUCGGAGACGUUUUAUUGUCUUCGGCGUUCUUAUCUUAUGCCGGUUACUUUGAUCAGCACUACCGUCAAAACUUGUUUACGACUUGGUGUCAUCAUUUACAACAAGCAGGAAUACAAUUCAGGUUGGAUAUCGCCCGAACGGAAUAUUUGUCCAAUCCGGACGAACGUCUUCGUUGGCAAGCCAAUGCAUUGCCCACGGAUGAUCUUUGCACCGAAAAUGCUAUCAUGCUUAAGAGAUUCAACAGGUAUCCUCUAAUAAUCGAUCCAUCCGGACAAGCCACGGAGUUUAUCAUGAACGAAUUUGCCGAUCGUAAAAUUACCAAAACGAGUUUUUUGGACGACUCGUUCAGAAAGAAUUUAGAAUCGGCACUAAGGUUUGGUAAUCCGUUAUUGGUACAAGACGUUGAAAAUUACGAUCCGAUUUUGAACCCGGUUUUAAAUCGGGAACUGAGAAGAACCGGUGGUAGAGUGCUCAUCACGUUGGGCGAUCAGGACAUCGAUUUGUCUCCCUCUUUUGUUAUCUUUUUGUCAACCAGAGAUCCCACGGUGGAAUUUCCUCCGGACAUUUGUUCCCGUGUUACGUUUGUCAAUUUUACCGUUACACGAAGCUCGCUUCAAAGUCAGUGUUUGAAUCAAGUUUUGAAAGCUGAGCGGCCGGAUAUUGAUGAAAAGCGUUCGGACUUAUUGAAACUUCAAGGAGAAUUUCAUUUGCGUCUUCGCCAAUUAGAAAAAUCAUUAUUGCAAGCGUUAAAUGACGCCAAAGGUAAAAUCCUCGACGAUGAUAGCGUCAUUACUACUUUGGAAACGUUGAAGAAAGAAGCGGAAGAUAUUAGCCGGAAGGUUGAAGAAACUGAUAAAGUUAUUGCGGAAAUUGAAACCGUAUCGCUUCAAUACCUUCCUCUCUCGCAAGCCUGCAGCAACAUAUAUUUCACGAUGGACAGUCUCAAUCAAAUACAUUUCUUAUAUCAAUACUCAUUGAAAUUUUUCCUCGAAAUAUUUUCUUCCGUUUUACAUAAUAAUUCCGAAUUGGCUAAUUUAACGGAUAACGCUGCCAGGUUGGGAGUCAUAACAAAAACUUUAUUUUCCGUUUGUUACGAAAGAGUCGCCAGAGGUAUGUUACACGCUGAUCGUUUAACGUUUGCACUCUUGCUUUGCCGCAUACACUUGAAAGGUGUUCCCAACGAGAGUGUUUUCGACGAAGAAUUUCAUUUCUUUUUACGUGGAAAAGAAGGAAUGCUAGACGUGAAUCCUCCCGCAAUCGAAGGUCUCAAUCAGGAACAGUUGGAAGCAAUUAUGCGAAUUUCAACGAAAUUAAAACCCUUCCGAAAUAUUGCCAAAAUAAUCACUUCGAUGCCCGAAUUCGGAGCGUGGUUGCAGCAAAGCACUCCCGAGCAAAACGUACCCAAAUUAUGGGAAAACGUUACUUUGAGCGAUAUAGGAGACGCCAUGUAUCAGUUAUUAGCCAUACAAACAUUUAGACCGGAUAGAGUCAUAGCAGCUGCAACGCAAUUUGUAUCGGUAGUUUUAGGCGAGGAUUUCAUGCCGAUGGCUGAAAAAGAAUUGAAUUUGGCCGAACGUUGGGAGUCGGAACUUCGCGCCAACGUACCCAUUUUGUUAUGUUCGGUUCCGGGUUACGAUGCUUCCGGCAGAGUCGAUGAUUUAGCCGUCGAAUUAAAAGUACCUCUGGCGAGCAUUGCCAUUGGUUCUGCCGAAGGAUUUAGCCAAGCAGAAAAAGCCAUAAAUGUAGCCGUUAAAUCAGGGCGGUGGGUCCUGUUGAAGAACGUGCAUUUGGCUCCUCAAUGGCUGGUCCAACUCGAGAAAAAAUUGCACUCCAUUCAACCGCAUUCUAAUUUCCGUUUAUUCUUGACGAUGGAAAUUAAUCUUAAACUUCCGGUUAAUUUAUUGAGAGCGGGUCGGAUUUUCGUGUUCGAACCGCCGCCGGGUAUUCGAGCCAACUUACUUCGUACUUUCAGUACUGUGUCUGCUCAAAGAAUGAUGAAAGCUCCGUCCGAAAGAGCAAGGUUGUAUUUCUUAUUGGCUUGGUUUCACGCCAUCGUUCAAGAACGUCUUCGUUACGCUCCUUUGGGAUGGGCUAAAUAUUAUGAAUUCAAUGAAUCCGAUUUGAGAGUUGCAUGCGACACUCUGGAUACUUGGAUCGAAGCCACGGCCAUGGGCAGAACGAAUUUACCACCUGAAAAAGUACCUUGGGACGCGUUGGUGACCCUUCUUUCGCAGUGUAUUUACGGUGGAAAGAUUGACAACGAUUUCGAUCAAAGGCUUCUCGCUAGUUUUCUCGCGAAAUUGUUCACGCCUAAAAGUUUUGAAACUGACUUUGCGUUGGUGGCAAACGUGGACGGAGUCGCAGGAGGGCCCGGAGGUCAGCGUCACAUCACCAUGCCUGACGGAAAUCGUAGGGAUCAAUUUUUACAAUGGAUAGAAGCCUUAUCGGAUCGCCAGACGCCUUCUUGGCUCGGUCUUCCGAACAAUGCGGAAAAAGUAUUGCUUACGACUCUUGGAACGGAUUUAGUUGGAAAACUCUUGAAAAUGCAACAGUUGGAGGACGAUGAAGAAUUGGCAUAUUCUCCGGAUGAAAGUUUAGAUCAGACCAUAGUGCAAGAUGUAGAUGGCAGGCCAUCUUGGAUGAAGACUCUUCACAAUUCAGCAACCACGUGGUUGCAACUUUUGCCGAAAUCUCUUAAAACGUUGCGCAGAACGGUGGAAAAUAUUAAAGACCCGAUAUAUAGAUAUUUCGAACGGGAAGUUAAUUUGGGUUCUAAAUUAUUAUCGGACGUCAUUCACGACUUGGAAGAUAUUUCUUUGAUAUGCCGAGGUGAUAAGAAACAAACAAACUAUCACAGAGCCAUGCUCAGUGAUUUAGUUAAAGGUAUACUGCCUGGUCACUGGAGGAGGUACACGGUUCCUCGCGGUUGCACGGUCAUACAAUGGAUAACCGAUUUCAGUCAGCGUAUAAAGCAACUGCAGGAAGUUUCAAAAGUGGUAUCCAACAAAGGAGCCAAAGAGUUGAAAUCGUUUAACGUUUGGCUCGGUGGCCUCCUCAAUCCGGAAGCAUAUGUCACCGCCACGAGGCAAUCCGUGGCACAAGCCAACGGUUGGUCACUGGAAGAACUCGUGUUGGACAUAACCAUAUCCGACGGUAACGACGUUAACGCAGACGAUUGCAGUUUUGCCGUCAUCGGUCUCAAACUUCAAGGAGCUCAGUGCAGGAAUAAUCAACUUCACUUGACGUCGGCCAUAAUGACCGAGCUCCCGAUGACUCUUUUACGUUGGGUUCGAGCUUCCGCCGUAUCGAACGGUAAACUAUCAUUACCCGUUUAUUUGAAUUCGACGAGAACGGAACUUCUUUUCACGGUCGAUUUGAACAUCGCGGCGGGACAAGAGCGGCAUUCGUUUUACGAACGCGGCGUUGCCUUAUUGACAUCGACCGCGCUCAACUGA